AUUUUAGGGCAUGUUGCUAUUCACUUUAUUCCGGUACCCCAAAAACGAAAUGAAUCAACAGCAGAGACCAGCGACCUUGAGUAUACAGUGAUCAGAUUAAAUCCCAUUUGCAGUCACAACUUGUAGCUGUAGAUAAAUUAUUGCCUCAUUCUGGAUGUCUAAACAUGUUGUAAAUUAAAGUCACUUUUGAUUGUUUCCUCCCAAAGUCGUUGCGGAUCUAGAAUCUCUUCAAACUGCUGUUUGGUUUGGAUUCAGGUCGUGGGAGGAGUUGGGUGCUGUUUCAUAUUCAGAGAGGAGGGGGACUCUUUAAGGAUCUCAUUCUCUUUGGGGCUAUAAAGACGUUGUGCCUGCAAGACAGAGCAAAUUAACUCCAUUGGCGAAUUAUUGCAUUACAAGGCAUUGCUCCGCUCAUCGGUGCGCGACGACGAUUAGUUUCUUCUUCUUCUUUUUUUUAUGGUGACAUUUGAUUAAAGCGAGCGGAUUACAGUUAAGAUGAUGGAGUAUAUGGAGGAUAAGUUUGCGUUGAAAAGCCAAUCGAUGAAGGCAAGCGAUUACUACAUGGACCAAGUCAUGGAGAGCCUGGACAGCGCGCAGUACUUCACAAAGACUUCCCCGAAAUGUGUGCAGGCCUUCGGGCUUCAGAGCGGCGAACACCGCUCCUCGCCCUGCGGAGACCAAAACGCCAAUUACGCUGGGCCAAAAACAGACGACGACACUUUGCACUCGGACCUCGGGAGGACGAUGGACAAUUGUUGCACUGUUCGGGCGUCUCCGGUGACAACUGGACAGGAGAAAACGGAUUUGGACGACAUGGGAGACAAGUGCGACAGUAACGUGUCCAGCAGCAAGAAAAGGAGACACAGGACGACCUUCACCAGCUCGCAGCUGGAGGAGCUGGAGAAAGUCUUUCAGAAAACUCACUAUCCAGAUGUUUAUGUGAGGGAACAGCUGGCCAUGAGGACGGAAUUAACAGAGGCCAGAGUGCAGGUGUGGUUUCAGAACAGAAGAGCAAAGUGGAGGAAAAGAGAGCGCUAUGGGCAGAUCCAACAAGCCAAAACUCACUUUGCAGCCACCUAUGAUUUAUCAGUGUUACCAAGGACCGACAGCUACACACAGAUUCCUAACAACCUGUGGCCGAGCCCUGCUCCCGGUGGCUCUGUGGUCUCCUCCUGCAUGCUGCCCCGAGGCUCCCCUCCUUGCGUCACUUCCUACUCGCACUCGCCUCGUUCAGCUGCCGGUGCCGCAGACCACAGCUACGUGGGCUUCCCCAAUCAGCAGAACCAGUUUGGUCAUGUAUCCCUAAACAACUUCUUCAGUGCAGACUCCCUCCUAACACCAGCUGCCAACGGCCACCAUGCCUUUGAGACCAAGCCCGAGUUCGAGAGGCGCUCGUCCAGCAUCGCUGUGCUGCGCAUGAAGGCCAAGGAACACACGGCCAACAUCUCGUGGGCCAUGUGAUCAGGGCUGCUGUGCAUGUCUGGAAAGUGUGGAUAAUGUAUGGAAAAAUAUUUUUAAGAAGUUUUUACCAAGUGUGGGAAUUGUCCAAAGAGUCUGAAAUCAUGUUCAAAAAAACUCAAUCCAGAUAUAACAAGACCAUCUAGUGAUACUAGCCACUUAUUUGUUGUGAAUAAAAAUCUGCUGUGGAGUGAAAUGGCCAAUUUCACAUAAUACUGCCCUGCUAUUUACAUCUGCGUCAUUUGUAACUCAUUUUAUUCACUGAGUCACUAAAAUAAGGUCUGGAUAAAGUACCUAAAUGGAAAAUAAGUGAGGAUUUGUGGUUUUCAGCAUUUUCUAAAAGUUGCAAGUCAAUAAUCUAAAGCUAUGAACUAAAAAAUAAAUUGCCAUAAUGCUUUGUGACAGACACAAACAGCUGUGUUUCUGGUCUGAGGCAGAUCUACAGUAGGGUGGACUGAUACUAUUAGUAAAAUACAAUGAAGUAGUCAAAGACACUUUUGAAAGGUGGAGUUUUUCUAGACUUUCAUGUAGCUUAGCUAAAGCGAUAUAUACAUAUCAUUCAUACUUUCAGGGUAAUGUCCAGUGCAUUGUUUUACAGCCCACAAACUGUUGUCCUUUCUGGUCAGACCAGAUGGUUGAUGAACCCUUCGGUGGAGGUGAGAGCUCUGAUAUGAAUAAGCUUUCUUUGUUGUUGUUUUUUUAUGGAGGUUGGGAAGUCCUCAGUGUUUCCUCUUUAUCGAGACAGAAAGAAAGUGUGAAAGGCAGGGGAAGCAAGUACAACUCCAGGUGCCUGUGGGAUUGGAUCCCCGUGUGGGUACAUGUGGAUCCAGAGGGAGGGGUCCCAAACCACUAUAGCAUUUCUAAGCACUGUGAAUAAGCUUCCUUUACCUGCGCCUUUUAUCUUCCUCCCUCGUUCCAGCUCAGGACUGAAGAUGAGCAGCAUUGAGACAAACUGACUCGACGUACUGAGGUGUCUGUGUGCUUUGCAGCAAAGCUCUGUAAUAUCUGUCGUCUGCCUCUGUUCUGUAUCACAGGUACAGGACGCAGGCAGAAGAGGCAGGUUUUAAAAUAGUAUGUUUUGUAAAUUUAUCUGGUGGAAGCAUAAUAAAUGAAUGUCACUUCA